AUGAGAAUCGCCAAAACUCUCGAGCAAAUCAUCCAAAAAACUUUCUCCGUGAGAAAGGAAAUUGGCAAGUGCAAUACUCCCAACACAGGAAAUAAAUGUUCCAUCAGCGAGACGGUGGGCCCGUUCAUUGUUGUCACACCACAAACUCCAUCACUGCGCCAAUCCACUGAAAUCUUGAUUCUCCAUUACCAGAUUAUCGCCAGUUUCGUAGUUGUCACAACUGCAAGUUACGAGCCAGGAGUGACGUACCAUGAAACUCAGAAACCCGUAGAGAUACCUAUUUACAAAAAGUACGCUAUCCCGAUUCCACAUCCUAUACCAGUAUCGGUACAACAGCAAAUCAAAGUACCAAUACCUCAGCCUUAUCAAGUUCAAGUACCUAUACCACAUCCAGUGCCUGUAGUAAUAGAGAAAAAUGUUGAAAUACCGGUGGAAAAAUUAGAACCCUACGUUAUUGAAAAGAAGUUAAGUCUUUUUUAUAUUUCAUCGAGAGUCCCAUUUGUGGUUGAAAAACCUUACGCUGUGACAAAGGAGAUUUCAGUCCCCAUUUCGAUACCAAAACCAUAUCCUGUACAUGUUCCAAUCUACAAACAUGUUUUCCACCAUCAAAGUAAGGGUUGGGAUCGAUAA